UGGAAUGGUUACGCUCGAGCCUCGUUGCUCUAUACCCUCUGCGCAGAGUUGAAGAGAACGAGGUCAUUCCGGUAUCCGUCAACUACUUUCCUCAUCGGCAAUGCAACUACUCCUGCAAAUUCUGUUUCCACACCACUAAGAACCUCACCAUCCUCCCGCUGGACGAGGCCAAGCGUGGUCUGCGCAUGCUCGCAGACGCCGGCAUGGUCAAGCUCAACAUUACCGGCGGUGAGCCGUUCCUCAAGCCCACCUUCAUCGGUGAGGUGUUCAAGUUCUGCAAAGAGGAGCUCAAGUUGGAGUCGUGCUCGAUCGUCAACAACGGCUCGAAGGUCACGGAAAAGUGGCUCGAUACGUACGGGCAAUACCUGGACCUGAUGGCCCUGUCGUGCGAUAGCUUUGAUGUUGAGACGAAUAUAAGGUUGGGCAGGAGGGAUGGUGCGGGCAAGGCAGAUCAUGUUCGGCGUGUUUUUGAGGUGGCGCAGUGGUGCCGCGAGCGAGGGAUCAUGUUGAAGAUUAAUUCUGUGAUCACUGCGUAUAAUGUCGACGAGGACAUGAACGAGCAAAUCGCAGAACUCGCACCCAUGCGUUGGAAGGUUUUCCAAGUUCUCCUGCUUGACGGCGAGAACACAGGCGACGCGACGCACUCCCUGAGAGACGCAAGAGAUCUCGUCAUCACAGACGAACAAUUCCAAGGAUUCCUCGAGCGACACAAGGCGCAAAAAUGCCUCGUCCCGGAGGAUAACGAAGCUAUGAAAGCUUCCUAUCUCAACCUCGAUGAGGAGAUGAGGCGAGUUCUUCCUGUCUAAU